GUUGACAUGAUUUCCUAUAGUCUUUGAAUGCAACACUUCCUAGACUGACUACAAUGGCGUGUUGGGAACCAACUGGCAGCUGCUAAGCGUUCACCUGCCAACUAAUAAGAGAUACAUUCUUCUAACCGUGUCAUUUGAAAAUAUUCAAAGUAAACGUUACAUUUUAGGCGACGAUCGAGAGAGCGAGGUUUUAACAGACGACACUGGAGUGGAAGGAAGGACAGCUGCGAGGGUUGGAAAUGGCGUGCUAACGGUUAGCCGAGUUGCUAACAUCUCACCGGUUGAAAGUGCUGCUAAAAGCACAUAUGUUCUGUAUUGGACACAGAAACGUCUGUGUCCUUUUGGGGGAUGUUAGUCAAGUCGCAGCGCUAAACGACGAGCACAAUGGAAGAGAUAAAGACGGAACCCGUGGAUUUUGUGAGGGAAUUCCAAGAGUACCUGACACAGCAAACGCAGCACGUCAACAUGAUCUCGGGCUCUAUUUGUGAGGAAAAGGACCCAGAAAUGUCAUACAGCAAUGGAAGGGAGUAGUGGGGAAAACAAAACAUUACUAGCAAGUGCUCCCUCGGCAUCCUACUAGUGCGCUGAAUUGUCCUAUAGUGAGGACGUACUAGUACACGGACCCCAAUCUGGAAAUCAAAGUGGCCCCGAGGAGUGAGCACAAUGGUCUGGACCCCCCGUCCGUGGAGGUGAGCCUGCCCGUGGAGGAAGGGUCGGAUGUGCAAAUGGACGGCCUGGAGAGGACGUGCGAUGGCAAAUACAAGUGCAGCUUCUGCAGCUACGCCAACAAGGGCAUGGCUCGCUUGAUAGAGCACAUUCGCAUCCAUACAGGAGAAAAGCCACACCGCUGCCAGCUGUGCCCGUUCGCCUCGGCGUACGAGCGCCACCUGGAGGCCCACAUGCGCUCACACACGGGCGAGAAACCGUACAAGUGCGACCUUUGCGCCUUCCGCUGCAGCGACCGCAGCAACCUGUCGCACCACCGCCGCCGGCGCCACAAGCAGCUGCCCCCCCGGGUGCCGCGCCCGCCCUUCGUCGGCAAGCGAGGCCUGGCCACCCUGCAGAAGCGGAGCGGCUCGCUGGGCUUUAGCAGACGCCUGCUCAUCAAUUUCACCCCGCCGCCCCCGCCCAAAUCGGACUACGCCAACGAUGUGCUUCACAAGCAUCACCACCAUUUGAACAUGACUGAGCACAGGAACCCUCCCAGGCUGCUGCAGAGUGACUUCAACAGAGGAGCGAACGCUUUCAACAACCCGCUGGAGCAGCUGGCUUCACUGCAGCCGGCCGACCUCCACUCCGAGCCCUCUCACGUUACCCCGAACAGUGACGAAAAGCCCAUAGUGAUACAGGAAGUCACGGGCGCGCGAGCCACAUCAUGUUCCAACGGCGUGCAGACUUUGACGCCGAAAACAGAAUACACCGCUUCGGACCACAGGAGCUCUACGUCCGGACUCGACUCGGACGCCCACGCCGAGGCUUUGUGCGCGAGCAGCAGCCGGCCCGGCACGCCCCUCGCCGCCACGCCGGAAUGCGACGAGCCGCAGCGUUGCCCGCAUUGCGACAUCCACUUUCCCGACAACGUCCUGUACACCAUCCACAUGGGAUGCCACGUCUACGAGCACCCCUUCCGCUGCAACGUCUGCGGCCACACGUGCACAGACAAGUACGACUUUGCUUGCCAUUUUGCUCAAGGGCAGCACAGGAAGUGACUCUUUGACUGUCUUUGGGAAUGCCUCCCAAUCCACAAUACGCCACUCACAAAAACGUAGGGAUAUUGGACUUUUGGGUGAAAUUUCAUUCAUAAAAUGCACCAGUAUGGUGCCUUGAGAUAGGUUUAUUUUGUUCCAUGACCACACUCGUAAUUUAGAAGACUGAAUCUCAAAUAAUCUUUCCCCAUUGAAAUGAAUGAAUGAAUAGAAGUAGGAAAUAAUACGUUAAGUGCCCCUGGUAACCAUUUUGUAUUGCUUUGCAGGAAUGUAGUUUUACAUAGGCAGCUACACAUGAAACAAAACAUAAAUUAACAGUAUUUUACAUAUUGUUUUUAUAUCUCGGCUAAAUUAGCUGGACACACUAAUUGUGCCUGUAUUUUAUUUUUUUGAAUCAUGUAUAAACUGUAAAUUGUACGACUUUUUAAUUAUGUAUGCUUGUUUUGAAACUGAAACCGUAUAAAGAUGACAUUUUUAAUUUACCGGUAAAUUACCGCUUUGAGCUCGUAGCUUGUGUGUUUUGGAAACAUUUUCAAGUCUUACACCAUAAUUUAAUUCCCAAUAUAUACAAUUUAGAUGAUGUAAAUAAAAAGUCUUUUAAUACAUGAAUGAUACCAUUUGUGGUUGGAGCAUAAAUAGUUGAGGUAUCUCCACGCCAAACACAGACUAGUGCUGACCUAACUAAGCCUUGUUGCAUUAACUGGUGAAGCCUGCUCGGAUGAGAUUGAACCGUCUUCUAAGACAACAAGAACAAUCCAGUUGCGAUUGUUUCAAUGCCCUGAGAAUGAAAUGACCUGGAUGAAUGAUGAUGUUCACAGGCACGCUUUAAUACAAUAAAGGCAUUUUUCAACAAA